AUGACAAUGAAAGCCGUCCAAUUUCACAAACGCAAGGAUGUUCGCGUGGUGUCAAUUCCAGAGCCGGAAUGCCAACCUGGCGAAGUGAAGAUCAAGCCUGCCUUUGUCGGAAUAUGUGGUACAGAUUUACACGAGUAUACUUCUGGGCCUGUUUUGAUCCCAGAGAAGCCCCAUACAAUUACCAAUACCAAAAUUCCCGUCACACUGGGACACGAAUUUAGCGGUACCGUUAUAGACGUUGGAGAGGGAGUUCAUCAUUUGACCAAGGGUCAGAGAGUGGUGGUUCGCCCAACAAUUUAUGACAAGACCUGUUGCUCUUGCAAAGGGAAAGCCUAUCACUGCUGCGAUAACAUCGGGUUUAUUGGACUAAGUGGCUAUGGCGGCGGAAUGGCGGAAUACAUGACUGCUCCAGCGGAUCAUUUCUACUGCAUUCCAGACAGCAUCUCGUUUGAUAUUGGAGCCCUCGUGGAACCUCUAGCGGUCGCCUGGCACGCUGUGCACCUGUCGCCUUUUAAAGCCGGUGAUACAACCGUGGUCGUCGGCGGAGGCCCAAUCGGCAUCAGCAUCGUCCAGGUCUUGAAACUUAAGGGGGCAAAGCAGAUCAUUGUCGUUGAGCCUGUGAAGAAUCGCCAGCGUUUGGCAUCCGAAUUCGGUGCUGAUAAGAUUCUUGAUCCAGGGGAUUCGACUAAUAUCUCGGAAAGUAUACGAGCAUUGACGGAGGAUGUCGGGGCCGAUGUCAUAUUGGACACAGCCGGGGUCGAAAAGGCACUGAAUAGCAUAAUUCCAGCAUGCCGAACGCAUGCAUCAAUUAUUAACAUUGCAGUCUGGGAAAAAAGGCCCCAAGUCGACUUGAACAAGUUGAUGUAUAAUGAGGUGAACUUUACUGGGGCAGCAUUGUACGAUGAGCAGGCAUUCGUGGACGUGAUUCAAGCUUUGGCUUCUGGUGAACUGGAUCCGAAAAGAAUGAUUACUUCAAAGAUCGAGAUAGACGAUGUGGUUGAUCAAGGACUGGAAGCUUUGAUUCGGGACAAAGAGCACCAUUGUAAGGUUCUGAUUAAUGUGGGGGCAGGAUGA